UUGUAGACUCUUGCCUCAGUUUUCCUGCUAGGAAUUUGUGCCCUAGUGGUGUUUCCUGCUGAGUGUGGUGCAGUGGCCAGUAGAAAUAAAAGUGCUGGGGCUGCAUGCGCUUUGGGUUCUCUUCCCCGAGUGUCCUGAGCUGUGGUUCAGACGAGUGCCAGAAUGAUGCGUGGAGUUGGCGUGGUCCUGCUGGCAUUACUUGCUCUCAUUCACAUGUCGUCGGGGCUGUCGUGUCAGACGUGUGGGUCCAGGAAGUGUCCCCAACUGAGGUGUCCUCUGGGCGUCGAGAAGGACGUCUGUAACUGCUGCGACCGCUGCCUCAAGGGUCUUGGCGAGCCAUGUGCAGGCAUCUGGAACAUAAAGGGGUCAUGUGCCCCGGGCUUAGUGUGCAGCAAUCCAUCCACAGUACCUGUACCCAACCAACCUCCUGGUGUAUGCAUAAUUCCAGGAAAGCAGACUGGUUACUGAUUCCCCUGAAUGAUGGUACUGGACAGACAUCCCUGAUGUGGUGACCAGGCUCGUUACCACAUGGCUUGAGCGAUGAGUUGCAUCACUAUGUAAUACCAUACUUCACUUUGUAUUUGCCCAAAUCUCAUAAAUUUGUCAACAUUU